UAUAAACGUUUAUUUCAAAUCGAGAUGAGAUUACAAUCUCAAUUUAUUGAUUAUGACUUCAAAUUUCUAACCAACUAGAUAGUAUAAUUAUGUAUAAGUGAGAAUAGGUUAUUCAUCAGGUAUCCUAUUCUUUGGUUGCUAAUCGGGAUCAAAAUGUUUCUGAAAAAUGUGAUUCUCCUUUUUACUAUCUACGUUUACGUGAAUGCAGAAGUGUUGGUUACGAUACCAAAUAAAGGAACUAUCAGAGGAAGAAAGGAAUAUUCAUUGAGAAAAAUCUCAUUCUACGCAUAUCAAGAAAUACCUUUCGCGAAACCUCCUCUAGGAGAACUGCGAUUUCGGGAACCACAACCAGAUGAAGGAUGGGAAGGUAUCUUAGACGCAACAAAAAACACAAAAGUAUGUUACCAGCAGAGUCGCAACAUGUUAAGAGCAAAUCUGACCCUUCUGGAAAAUGAGGAUUGUUUGUAUUUGAAUGUAUACACACCGAAAUAUCCCACAUCCGACCAGGAUUUACUACCCGUGAUGUUCUACAUCUACGGAGGAGGAUUCGUCAGCGGAGCAGCCAAUUUCGAAUUCAAAGGGCCCCAUUACUUCAUGGAACACGAUGUGAUAGUCGUCACAGCGAAUUAUCGUUUAGGACCUUUUGGUUUCCUGGCAACUGGUGAUCAAGUGAUUCCUGGCAACUACGGUUUGAAAGAUCAAGUGAUGGCCUUGAAAUGGGUCCAAGAUAACAUCAAAUAUUUCGGGGGUGAUCCAGAAAAAGUGACCAUAUUCGGUGAAAGCGCUGGUGGAGCGUCUGUCAAUUUUCACUAUAUGAGCAAAAAAUCUGAAGGUUUAUUCAGAGCUGGUAUUGCAGAAAGUGGAUCGAUUUUGAGUCCAUGGGCUUACCAGAAGGAUCACAAGAAAAUAGCCUAUAACCUCGCAACUUAUAUAGAUAAAAACUUCCAAACGAAUUCAAGCUCGAAAGAACUACUGGAAUUCUUGUGGAACGUUCCUGCUGGUGAUCUUAACAAGGUUGCAAUUAGUAGUUAUCCGUAUCAUUUUUAUAACGAACAAAUAAUACAAGGAUUCUUGUUCGCACCAACAAUAGAGCCAGAGCACGAAAAUGCCUUUAUUUCUGAGUCAAUGUAUGAAGCAGUGGAAAAAGGUCACAUGAAUCGAGCUCCCAUGAUGAUUGGUAUAUGUUCUGAAGAAGGAUUAACAAUCAGGGUUUCUAAUAUAAGUGAUAUAAGCAGGUUCGAACAGUUGGCAAAACGAAUGGACGACAAUCCUUCCUCAUUGGUUAACAACAACAUGCACUUGACUGAUCCGAAGCAAAUAGAGGCAGCAGGAGAGGCUAUUCACAGGAUUUAUACUGACGGAGCAUUCGCUGAUAAUUUGGGAAAAUCCAUCAGGUUUCACAGUGACAAUUCAUUCAAUCGGGGAAUAAUUCGUUAUGUUGAAAUGCAGUCGAAUUUCAGCGAAAUCUACUUCUUCCAGUUCUCUCAUUAUGGCCCCAUGAUUGGAAAGAGACCAUACUUUGAAGGUGCUUACAAAGUCGGCCAUGCGAGUGACUCAAAGUAUCUAUGGACAUAUGGGAACUGGAGUGGGAUGGACUAUCAAUCGCCAGACGAUAUUUUGGCGGCUAACCGUUAUAUGACGUUGUUUACAAAUUUCGCCAAGUAUUUAGAUCCUACUCCAGAAUCAUCCAGUUUGUUGAAUGAUGUUCACUGGCCCACAGUUAGUCCAGAUAAUUUCCAGUAUCUAGAUAUAAACGACACCUUAACUAUCAAGAGGAAUCCUAAAAGCGAAUUUUAUCAAAAAUGGGUAGAAGUUUACGAACAAAUGGCCAUCAAGCCAUAUACUACAUUCUAAUCGAUUUCAUUUGUACAUACGAAAUAAUAAGAUCAUUUCAG